GUCAUUCACUACUUUAUUGCUUGCUUUAUCAAAUUCAUUUUCACACCAAUUUGUUUUGUAUGAAAUGCUAGUGGCUUAUCUCUCUUCUUUUUCCCUCUCUAAAUUAGCCACAAAAUGUUAGCAGAAGCAAAAUACUAACCAAACUAAUUAUGAGAAGGGGAAAUGGAGAGAGAUGAUAAUCAAAACCCAGCACCAUCUCUCCUCUCGCCUAAUCAAAACCCUAACACUUCCUCGCCGAGAAAUGUUAGCGAUCGGCUGAAGAGAGACGAGUGGAGCGAAGGCGCGGUGUCGAGCCUGCUCGAGGCGUACGAGGCCAAAUGGACGCUCCGGAACCGGGCCAAGCUCAAGGGCCAGGACUGGGAGGAAGUCGCCAAGCACGUCUCCGCGCGCGCCGGCGCCUCCAAAUCGGCCAAGACGCUCACGCAGUGUAAGAAUAAGAUCGAGUCCAUGAAGAAGCGGUACCGAUCGGAGUCCGCCGCGGCGGCUGACGCCUCCUCGUGGCCGCUCUAUCCUCGCCUCGAUCUCCUCCUCCGCGGGAAUAACGGAGUCGCUGCCGAUGCUCCUGCUGCUGAGUUUCCAUGUACGCAAAAUUCGAACGGCGGCGAUCGGGAUCGAGUGGGUAAGGAGGAGGAAGGAUUGGGAGAGGGCGGCAAGAAUGAGGAAUCGGCGAAGAAGGCGAUUGAUGAGAGAGACAGCAGCACAGCGGCAAUUGGUGAGGGGAAAUUGAAGAGGAAGCGGGAAAGGGAGGGGAGCUGGGAGAUAGGGGAGAGUAUACGGUGGGUGGCGGAGGUGGUGGUGCGGGCGGAGGAGUCGAGGAUGGAGACGAUGAGAGAGAUAGAGAGGAUGAGGGCGGAAGCAGAGGCCAAGAGAGGGGAACUGGAGCUUAAACGGACUGAGAUCAUUGCUAACACUCAGCUACAGAUUGCUAAGCUUUUUGCUAGAGGAUCAACAUCCAUCCAAUAAACCGAUUUCAUCAAUUAAUAUACUACUAAUAUGUCUUACUAGAUUUUUAUGGGAUCAAUUACUUCAAAUCACAAGUCGUAAUAUGAUUUUCACCUCUCCACCUAUUAACAUCAUACUCUUAAUUUGUACUACGUUGUUGAGCUGGAUUGAUCAUAUGCAAGUCUUAGUUUGAUGA